AUGCACGCAGCUGCAAGGGUCCAGCCCGCUACCCAAUUACACGCACUACCGAAAUCCGGCGCUGUAGCCUCCAAGGCUCUGUCAAUAUUAGCCACCGCCGCUUCCGCAUUCGCCGUCAUCUCGUACGUCACGUACACGUUGAACAAGGACUCGUCUGAGAUGGACCGCAUCUUCGCCCAGCAGAACACUCCCGAGGUCGAGGCGGCGCGGAAGCGAGACCUGCUGGUCGACACGUACGGGGACCCUCGCAACAGCCUCAUGAACAUCCUGGGGUGGUCGAAGUAG